AUGGCUUCCCCGCUGCAGGAGAAUGGGGUGGGAGUUGGGAAGGAGCAUAUUACGAGAGGCAGCAGCGAGAUCUGUUCCGGCCGUUUUUUCACCUGGAAAGAGAUCGAGCUGCGCACGGGUCGGACCCAGCCUUAUCUUCGGGAGCGGUGGCUAGUGAUCGACAGGAAGGUCUACGACAUCAGCACUUUCUGCAAGCUGCACCCCGGAGGGCCCAGAGUGAUUAGCCACUAUGCCGGGCAGGAUGCCACGGAUGCAUUCACAGCAUUCCACCUUCACAAGGCACAAGUGAGUAAGUUCUUGAAUGCACUGCUGAUAGGGGAACUGGCACCAGAUCAACCUAGCAUUGAGGCCAGCAAAAAUCAACUGCUAGUCCAAGACUUCCGGGAGCUGCGGUCCACUGUUGAGAAGAUGGGACUUCUGAAGCCAAAUAGCCUUUUCUUCUUCCUGAUAUUCCUUCAUAUCAUGCUGUUGGAUGUUGCUGCUUGGAUGACCAUCUGGUACUUUGGGACUUCCUUAGUACCAUUCCUCAUAGGUGUUGCACUGUUUACUACUGCUCAGAACCAAAUGUCCUGGCUUCAGCAUGACUUGGGGCACCUUUCAGUCUUCAGCACAACCAAGUGGAAUCAUGUGAUUCACAAAAUUUUAAUGGGUCUAGUGAAAGGAAUGCCAGCUCAUUGGUGGAAUUAUCUACAUUUCCAGCAUCACGCCAAACCUAACUGCUUUCGCAAAGACCCUGAUCUCAACAUGCACCCCGUUGUGUUUGCUUUGGGGAAGAAACUGGCUACAGAGCUUGGGAUGCAGAAAAAGAAGUUCAUGCCUUACAACCAUCAACAUAAGUACUUCUUCAUUGCAGCUCCAGCUUUGCUAGUUCCCUUUUUUCAGUUAACCAUAUUCUAUUCUUCAAUCAAACGCAAAGAGUGGAUGGACUUAGCUUUGAUCGUGUCCUACAACAUCCGAGUCUGUCUACUCUAUAUUCCACUUAUGGGAUUUAAGUGUUUUAUGGCAUACUACUGGCUCAGCAGAUUCCUUGAGUCAAACUGGUUUACUUGGGUUUCACAAAUGAACCACAUCCCAAUGAACAUUGAUUAUGAUAAAAAUAUGGAUUGGGUGUCUACUCAGCUCCAAGCAACAUGCAAUGUGCAUCAAUCCCCCUUCAAUGACUGGUUCACUGGACAUCUGAAUUUCCAAAUUGAGCACCACCUUUUCCCCACAAUGCCUCGGCACAACUUCUGGAAGGUGGCCCCCCUUGUGAAAUCCCUCUGUGCCAAGCAUGGCAUUGACUACCAAAGCAAGCCCCUGCUCACGGCCUUUGCAGACAUUUUGCACUCUCUCAAGGAUUCUGGGGAAGCCUGGUUGGAUGCAUAUCUGUAUGGAUAA